AUGCAAGCCGUAAUCCAACCUUCAAAAAUUGCAACGAAUGGUCCAAUUAUGAACUUUGCUGAGAAAGAGAUUUGUCUGAUUCUGAAAACCCACUCUGUUUUCAAGAUUUUUUUGUUGGAUGUGAAAAUGGAAGCUUUCGAAGCUGCAAAAAUUGUGUACAAUAGAAUACUAGAAACAGAAUCAGAGACCAUUACUCGUAAAAUAAUCGGUUACAUAUACUUACUUGAUCAUGCUGACAGAGAAAUGAUUCGCUUAGCAUAUUGUCCUGACAAUUUAAUCCAAAACCUAAUUCAAAAAGCCAAAAUCGAACUGAAUUUAAUCGCAAAACCACCUCCUUCACCUCCCAUAUCACCUUCACUUCAAUUCAGCCCAAUAUUGCAUUCACAUAGACCCUUUUCGGCUCCACCAAAUCUACAAAUCCCAUCCCCAACGCCUCAUUGGGAUUCACCGUUACACUAUCCAAACAUGGUUCUCGAUGAUUAUGGGAAUUUUAGUGUCAGAGGUAGAAGAGACGUAAUACCCACAAAAAUCUGCCAUUAUUUCAGUAAAGGCCAUUGUAAACACGGCAAUAAAUGUAAGUUCUUACACUCCCAAUCUAUACACGACUUUAACCAUGAACUUAUGGGUGAUGAUCAAGCUUCAUUUUCACCGGGUUCACUUGAAAAACUCGAGUUUGAGAUCACGGAAAUCUUGAAAUCAAGAAGGGGUAAUCCAAUUUCAAUUGCCUCAUUGCCUAUGAUCUACCAUGAAAGAUAUGGAAGGACCCUUCAAGCUGAAGGGUACCUAACUGAAAGCCAAAGGCACGGGAAAGCCGGUUAUAGUUUGACUAAGCUUCUUGCACGAUUAAAAAACAGCAUUCGCCUCAUUGACAGUUGCAGACCUCAUGGACAACAUUUCCUAGUUUUGGCUGAUGAUGCAUCGAUGUACAUGGAAAACUGGUAUGAUAGGAGUAGUUUGAGUCCGGGCCCUAUUGUUAGUGGGUCAAAGCAAAUAUAUUUGACUUUUCCAGCCGAUAGCACUUUCACCGAAGAUGAUGCUGCUAACUACUUCAGUACGUAUGGUCCAGUUCAAGAUGUGAGAAUUCCUUGUCAGCAAAAACGGAUGUUUGGGUUUGUGACUUUUCAUAAUUCGGAAACGGUGCAAAUGGUUUUGGCGAAAGGGAACCCACAUUAUGUUUGUGGUGCCCGUGUUCUUGUGAAACCUUAUAGAGAAAAAUUGAAGUUGUUUGAUCGAAAGUAUUUUGAGAAACUCGAGGGUCCGAUGUGUUACCAUUCACACCAUAUAGACAUGGACCCCGAUCUUCAAGCUAGGUUGGACUCGACUAGAUUAUUCGGUAGGCAACUAGUGGAUGAGCCCGAGGUAGCAGUACAACUAGAGAUGAUGCGUCUAUCACAACUUCAGUUGGCACAUGGAUCUUCCUAUCUUGAAAACACCUUCAAUGAACAAAAACCGUAUGAAGAUCAAGCUGAUAAUUCCAAGUUCCAAUCUCCAAAGCUCAUCACACAUCUGUUAGAUCACGCGGGAGCCAACUACACCGAUCAUGACAACGAAAACAGUCAAGGGUUGAAUCUCCCGGAUAGCCCUUUUGCGUGCAACAAGGCAUCUAGCAAGCAAAUGUAGUGGAAGUAGCAAUAAAAGAACAGCAUUUAGAGUGAAGUGAGAGGUAAAUAAUAGCAAAUGGAACAUGGAAAAGAGGAGAAAGAUUGAAUAGAAAGCAAUGCGACAAGUAUAGUUUUAGUUUAUUCCAUGAAGCAAAAUAGCGAUGGAAAUAUGUUUUCUUAUGCUAACUUAUUAAUGAUAGAUAAACGUGUUAAGAAAUUUCGGGUUUUGGGUAAAAGAUGUUUGGGAAUUGGUAGAUGAAGUAUAAUAGCUAAAUGAAUAUUCUAUAUUUUAGCAACUAUAAUCGUUACAGGAUAACUAGAGGUGGU